AUGUCUUCAGGUAGUAGUAACAGCAUUAACCCAUACCCACUCACCAACGGUGCUAAAGAGAACGGUUAUAACUCGACGAACCAGAAUUCUCAGACAACACCUCCAACAAGAGCUCCGCAGCCAGAAAGUCAAACUCAAAAAACUCAACUUUCUCAAACACCUCCUUCUGUUCGAAAGAAAGGCGUAAAGGACUUUGAGUUUGGUAAGACUUUGGGUGAAGGCUCUUAUUCCACGGUCGUAUCUGCAAGAGACCGUACCACCGGUCGCGAAUAUGCUAUAAAAAUUCUUGAUAAAAAACAUAUUAUUAAAGAGAAAAAAGUUAAAUAUGUCAACAUCGAAAAAAAUACUCUUAAUAAAAUGAAUCAUCCGGGAAUUGUGCGCUUAUAUUAUACAUUUCAAGAUCCUGAUAGUUUAUAUUUUGUCUUAGAUCAUGCUAAAAAUGGGGAACUUCUCGCGUUUAUAAAGAAGCUUGGUUCAUUCGAUCUUAAUUGUACGCAAUAUUAUACUGCACAAAUUCUGUCAUCUAUAGAGUACAUGCAUUCUCAAGGAGUGAUUCACAGGGAUCUGAAACCGGAAAACAUAUUAUUAGAUGAGAAAAUGCAUGUUAAAAUUACUGAUUUUGGUACUGCGAAAAUAUUUGAAUCUAACGCCGAUGGUGAAGAAGAUGCUCGUGCAAAUUCUUUUGUUGGAACUGCCGAAUAUGUAAGCCCAGAAUUAUUAAAAGAAAAAGCAGCUUGUAAAAGUUCGGAUUUCUGGGCAUUAGGCUGUAUCAUUUAUCAAUUAAUAGCAGGGCGACCACCUUUUAAAGGAACCAAUGAGUAUAUGACUUUUCAAAAAAUUGUCAAUCUGGAAUAUACAUUUCCUGAAGGCUUCCCCCCCGUUGCAAAGGAUUUGGUCCAGAAAUUAUUAGUAUUAAAUCCUUCCGAACGAUUAGGAUCAGGAGGUAAUGCUGGGAUAGAGAAAUUAAAGAUUCAUCCCUUCUUUAAAGAGAUACAAUGGGAUAAAAUAUGGGAAAUGCCGGCACCUCGUUUACUACCUUAUCUUCCACCAAAUCCUCAGCAUAAUAAAGAAGAGCUUCGCACAAACACAAGUGCUUAUUUACGUGAACUAUCUGAUCGUAGCGAAGGAAAUAACAAUAGUCCAAUCGCUUCAGGACUUAAACAAAAUGAUCCAUUCAGAUUAGAAAGUUUGGUAGGUGGUGAAGAUCUUUCCGAAAAAGUAGAUCCUGAAAAAAUUAAAAAUUUGGAAGAACAAAAACGAACUUAUGCGCAAUGGGUUCGAUUUUUAUUUAAAUCCGAACUCAUUAUUCGUGUUGGUCCCAUCAACAAACGGAAAGGCUUUUUUACUAAAAAGUUUCUGUUAAUUUUGACGGAUUUCCCUAGAUUAGUAUACGUAGAUCAAGAAAAAAUGACACAGAAGGGGGAAAUUUAUUCGAAUUCCCGAAUGGUGGUAGAAUUGAAGAAUAAGAAAACCUUUUUCGUACACACGGUAUAA